GUGGGUGCGAUCAGCACAGCAUUUGCUUUUUCCUACAAUAAGCAACAAUACAAGUAUAUUUCCAAUUUAGUAUAUGUUAAGCGCUCGUGAUAUACAAACUGAAACUGCAUAGAAAUAAAAUAUUUCCGCGGUGAUCUAAAGUGGAGAUCAAAGUGAUUGGAAAAAGAAUUGUUUGUUCAUAACUUGCUUUAAAUACACUACACGAAAUGACUGUUGACGAAAAGGAAUUUGUAAAAGUGAUUGUUAAAGAAGAGCCUAUAAUUAAAACAAUCGAACUAAAGGAUAUUGGCUUCCUCGAACAACAACCGGUGAUCGUGAAUUGCCCCGCCUGCGAAGCUGAAGCGUUAAGUAUUGUGCGUUUGGAGGCCGUUACUUGUCUGCAACGAUUUCUCAGUGCUACGAAGUUGUGUAAAAAUUGGCAACGCCGCACGGAUAUAAAUCAUUAUUGUAGCAAAUGUGGCUGCUACAUUGGCCGUUUUGUGCCGAUCAAUUGCAGCGAACGUUGCAUAUCGCGCAGCGCACGUAAAAUGGCUGCAAAUGAUAGUAUGUCAUUGAAGACGCCGCCACAGGAUUGUGCGGCGCAAGUGCAAAAGAAGCGUGAAGAAGUGAAAGCGAAACGUGCGGCAGCAAAGGCAGAGAAGGAAGUCGCCAAAACACAGGGCGCCACAGUGGUCGAGCAAGCGAAGGCGAAAUGAUGACCAAACAGGAAAUUUUGACUAGAGCUGGUUGGGCGAUAGUAUGUGGGUCAGCGGAUUAGUUAGAAUUAAUUCUAUAAUUUAUAUAAUUAUUUUUAAUUUAUUAUAACUUGAUUGAGAAAAAUAGAUAUAGCAAUUUGAGUUAUAGUGCUGACGUCAUAAUAGCUAUAAUUGGUAAAAACUGGUAAUGGACAUCAUAAUGUUUAUUGUUUACUUACUAUGAGUGUGUUGCUUGAGUAAAACAUUUUUUUAACCUUUAAAAACUCUUUUAACUUUUAUUUCAAAUUAUACAAGACCAUACAACAAGAUAAUAAAAGAGGUUUAGUUCCUAACUUUAAUAUUUUUAUCUUAAAGCAUACAUAUAUUUCAUAAAGUCCAAGAAAAUGCAUUAUCUAUGAAAUUUUCACAUAAAUCACCUCGAAUGAUUCGUUCAAUAUUGUUUUUCAAUUUUUAUGGUCGCAAAUGAUGGCAAAUUUAGCACGGACAGACAAAAAAAGAUCAGAAUUUUCACGUAUUUUAAUAAAAUUUCAAUACAAGCAA